CAGACUAACAGAAAGGACAUCUGUCUGCUGAGCUCUGCAGACUACAUAGAACACAUUUGACUGAGUCUUUGAUCUACAACAGGCAGAAUGAGAGGACUAUAUGCCAUUUUGCUCCUUUUCAUCUUUGUCUGCUGCACCAGCGCUAAGAAGAUGCGGUGGUGCACAGUGUCGGAUCCUGAACAGAGGAAGUGUGCAGACCUCGCUAAAGCUCUGGUGGCGGUGCUGCCGCCAGCUGCUGUGGCAGCUUUCGCCAGACUCUCAUGCAUACGAGCGUCCAGCACGACUGACUGCAUCGAGAGGAUCAGGGCGAAUCGUGCUGAUAUAGUGACGUUAGAUGCAGGAGAAAUCUAUUCUGCUGUGAAGCAGUUUGGCCUCGUUGUCAUAGCAAAGGAGAUAUACAGUGACGGAGGCUGUAUACUGUCUGUAGCUGUGGUGAGAAACCACAGUUUGGACAUUCGGUCCCUGCAGGGCCUCAGGAGCUGUCACAGUGGGGUUCGAUGGACGGCUGGAUGGAGUCUCCCACUUGGCUUCCUGCUGUCCCGUAACUACCUGAGCUGGUCGAAGGAGCGGCCACUCAGUCAGGACGUCAGUGCCUUUUUUAGUGCCAGCUGUGUUCCUGGAGCUGCUGCCAUGGCGCCACCUCUGUGCUCUCUGUGCCAAGGCCAGAAGUCUUACAUUCGCCAGAAGAAUUACCACUGCGAAACGUCCCACAGUGAGCCCUUCUACAACAGUCAUGGAGCCCUCAGAUGUCUCAGGAGUGGAGCAGGAGAUGUUGCAUUUGUGGACCAUUUAGCUCUUGAGAGUAUUGAAGACAGUGAUGGAGAUGAGUUCAGGCUGCUGUGCACAGACGGCUCACAAGCUCCUCUCAGCCACUACAGAACCUGUAAUCUGGGACGUGGUCCAGGAGGCGGCAUGGUCACCAGAAUUAACUUUCGCAAGAUUGCUCGCAAAUUUCUAGUGACAGUGCAGAUGCUGUUUGGCCAACGAGGAAGAGAGAGGCAGCGCUUCCAACUCUUCAACUCAUCUUCUUUUGGAGAAAACGACCUUCUCUUCAAAGAUGUGACAGAUAAACUUGCUGUUCUGCCAGAUGACAUGGAUGUCAGUCAGGUGCUGGGGCUGGACUAUGUGGCACUCCUCAAAGGUCUUGGACAUGAAGGAAGUUCACUGGAGGACAGUGUGGUGCGAUGGUGCUGCAUCAGCCACGCAGAGCAGACGAAAUGUGAGCAGUGGGCUCUCAGCAUAAAGUCAGACCCGCUGGUGUGUGUCAGAGCGGUCUCAAUGCGCAACUGUAUCGAGAAAAUUAAGAGGGACGAGGUGGACGCCGUCUCGCUGGAUGCAACUCACUCUUUCAUUGCAGGAAAAUGUGGUCUUGUCCCCGUAGUUACAGAAUAUUAUGGAGGAAAAUGUGUGCCUGCUGAGGGAUCAACCCACUUAGAGGCAGACGUGUUGCCCUCAGUGGUUGGCGUGGCGGUGGCAAAGCGCUCCAGUAAAAACGUAUUCAUCGGGAACCUGGGAGGUCGGCGCUCCUGUCACGGCCACAUGUACAGCCCGGCGGGCUGGCUGCUGCCACACAGGCACACGUUGAGCCUGGAGCACAACAGCAGCUCCUGUGAUCCAAACCAAGUGUACAACGACGUGUUUUGGAAAGGCUGUCUUCCUGGCUCUCAGGGGAAUCUGUGUAAAGUGUGUCUCGGAGGCACAGGGGAGGCCGCCACCAAACGCUGCGCUGACAACCACAAUGAGCGUUACUAUGGCAACAUGGGGGCAUUAAGGUGUCUGGUUGGAGAUCCCAGUGGGAAAAGCUACGGAGAGGUGGCCUUCCUCGAGCAACACAACCUUCUGGCCAACAUCCUCAGUUUGAGUUCCACCGGUUGGGCCGAUGGGUGGACGUCAUCAGACUAUGAGCUGCUGUGUGGUGAUGGUAGUCGGGCGCCGUUGUCAGAGUGGGAGAGCUGUAACCUCGGAGUCAUCCCACCGAACACCAUCAUGACGCGGCCGGUGCUCACGGCGCGAGUGUACGACUUCCUCAUGAAGUCACAGAUGAGACUACCUCGGAGGAUCCUCAGCCUGCCCUCAGCCCCAGUGAGGAGGUCCUCAGUCCCUGCGGGCAUGGUGAGCUUCGUCCCCCCCUGCAGCACCACUGAUGUCCUCUCCCUGGAGCUGCUGCAGGACUUCGUGUCCCGAGCCAGGCGCCUGUUUGUGAUCAGCGGAGCAGGACUCUCCACUGAGUCCGGCAUCCCGGACUACCGCUCUGAGGGGGUCGGGCUGUAUGCUCGCACCGACAGGAGACCCAUGCAGCAUGCAGAGUUCCUCCGCAGUGCCAAGUCCCGGCAGCGCUACUGGGCCAGGAACUUUGCCGGCUGGCCUCAGUUCUCCUCCCAUCAGCCCAACGGAGCCCACCAGGCCCUGCAGCGGUGGGAGGACAGAGGAAAGCUGCACUGGCUGGUCACACAGAAUGUGGACGCUCUUCAUUCAAAGGCAGGACACAAGAGACUGACAGAGCUCCACGGCUGCACCCACAGGGUGAUGUGUCUCGGCUGUGGUGCCAUCUCAGCGAGGGAGGAGCUCCAGAAGCGAUUUGUAGCACUCAACCCAGACUGGGGAGCGAAGGCGAGCGAGGUGGCUCCAGACGGUGAUGUCUUCAUAGAGGACGAGCAGGUCCUCCACUUCAGAGUUCCCUCCUGUGAGGACUGUGGAGGGAUACUGAAGCCUGAGGUCACGUUUUUUGGAGACACAGUGAACAAAGCGAUGGUUGAGUUUGUGCACGACAGACUGCGGGAGUCGGAUGCGAUGCUAGUCGUGGGGUCAUCGUUACAGGUAUAUUCAGCGUACAGGUUUUUACUGGCAGCGGGUGAUCGGAAAAUGUCGGUUGCCAUCCUGAACAUCGGACCCACGAGGGCCGACCACCUGGCUCAGCUGAAAGUGAGAGGCCGUUGUGCUGAAGUGCUGCCCGUCAUUCAACCUCUCUGACUGUCAGGGACAUGCAGUUUGGAUAUUCUACAUUAAGCUGGUCAAAACUACCUCGGACUUAAACAGGUAAACAACAACUUCAGGACGACCGUCUCGACUGUUUGGCACUUUUUUGUGAAAAAGGAGCAUCUACACUCCUCUGUCUGGAUAAAUCACUGCUAUUAUCAAAAUAGGGCAAAAAUGGACAGAUCUGCUCAUAUGUUAUUUCACCUUAUUUCACUUUAUUAAGUGAAAAAAAGUCUUGGAAAUUAAAGUUCUCUGCACACUAUAGAUUGAUGUCAGGUAGGGCUGUCCCGAAUACCAGUUUUUGGGCUUCGAAGCUUCGCAGUACAGCGCAGCAGGCUGACAUGUUCUUCUGUCCGUCUGUCUCCAUCUCCCGUUUCAGUGCUGCUGCCGCACUACUGUACACAC